AUGGCAGGUGUGCGAGAUCCUGCGUUCUGGCGGCGGUUUUCAAUGGCAGUUCACUUGGAUGAAGAGAAGGCAAACAUUUCGGAUACCAGGUCGAAUUCAACUGCAUCUUCAACCAGAGCCCUGAGACAUACGGAGACAUGGCUUGAGCGAAACCGGAAGAAACAACGUCGAACUCGAAUCUUAGGCUGCACCAUCGCCCUCGGAUUUAUCGUUGUCAUUGCCGCGAUCGUCCUGGUGCUACUGUGGUUUGCAAAAGUUGGACCGUUCAAAGAC